UCCCAUCAUAUCUCUGUCACACCUCCUAUAUAUACCCCGACGCCUCCUAAACCCUUUUCCUUUCAUCCCUUUGCUUCUUAGUUUGUUUCAACUUUCAUGUGCGUUUCUGCAGCAGUGAAUAGCUUCCGGUAAUUUUAAGAUGCCAAGUGAAAACGAAGAUCAGUCCGACAAAGAACCAUUCAUCGAAAUUGACCCAACAGGGCGCUACGGCCGGUACAACGAGCUCCUAGGGUGCGGGGCUGUGAAAAAGGUGUACCGGGCUUUCGAUCAAGAGGAGGGCAUAGAGGUGGCAUGGAACCAAGUGAAGCUACGUAACUUCACGAACGAUCCUGCUAUGAUAGAGAGGCUCUACUCUGAGGUUCGGCUUCUCAGGUCGUUGACGAACAAGAACAUCAUCACUUUGUACAACGUGUGGCGGGACGUGGAGCAUAACACGCUCAAUUUCAUGACUGAGGUUUGUACAAAUGGGAAUUUGAGGGAGUACAGGAAGAAGCAUAAGCAUGUUUCGAUGAAGGCCUUGAAGAAGUGGUCAAAACAGAUCUUAGAAGGGCUGGAGUAUUUGCAUACUCAUGAGCCUUGUGUUAUUCAUAGAGAUCUCAAUUGCAGCAAUGUAUUUAUCAAUGGGAAUGUUGGCCAGGUGAAGAUUGGUGAUUUGGGAUUGGCUGCUAUAGUGGGGAAGAACCAUUCAGCACAUUCGGUGUUAGGGACUCCAGAAUUUAUGGCGCCAGAGCUGUAUGAAGAAGAUUACACUGAGAUGGUGGACAUCUACUCAUUUGGGAUGUGCGUGCUUGAGAUGGUGACCUUGGAAAUACCCUAUAGUGAAUGUGACAAUGUUGCAAAAAUAUACAAGAAGGUAUCCUCAGGAGUAAGACCCCAGGCCUUGAACAAAAUCAAAGACCCGGAGGUGAGGGUGUUUGUUGAGAAGUGCCUCGCCCAGCCUAGAGCGAGACCUUCCGCUACUGAACUUCUCAAGGACCCCUUCUUUUAUGAAGUUGAAGGUGACGAUAAUGACAAAGACGUUUGACUAUGAGCACUCUUAACUAAUAUUAUAUGUUGUUGGGUUGUGUUUAAUUGACCGCUAAUGUGGAUUACUGCUUUGAUUUUUAUUUUUAGCUUUUGUUCAAUUUGUACGAUAUAUGGGGAGCGACCAGAACGUGGGGUUUUUACUUUGAAUUUGUUCCUUGUUUUUAGUAGGGAACUAGAUAAGGAUUGAGUUUGGGGGAGCUUUCAAUUGGAGAUCAUGGUGUUGAUUUUGUAUAUACGAUUUUUACAUUACAAAGUCAUUGUUGUAGGCUCAUAAAGAUUAGGUCUCUUCUUUUGUUGGUUGCUUGAACCAUUCAAAAUUGGAAUAAUGCUAUACAACUACGGCGAUUUCAGUUUUAUAACUUC